AUGGAGAUUACCCUGUUGCUCGUGGUCGCAGUGAAAGCGUUGCAGAGAAUACAGCGUGAGCUCAGAAUAUGCGCCAACCUUAAGCAUCCAAAUAUUCUACCCAUUUAUGGUUAUACGUAUGGGUUCGGCCCAUUCCUAGCGAUAGUCAGUCCUUGGGCGGAGAAUAGCAACUUGACGGUCUAUUUGGAGCGUGAGGGUGCGGCUCUUACUCUCGUUAGACGAUUUCAACUGCUAAGAGAUAUCAUAUCUGGUCUGCAAUAUCUCCACGCUAACAGUGUCAUCCAUGGUGACUUCAAUGGGCCUAAUGUGCUCAUCCACGGUGAUGGCACCGCAUGUGUCGCUGACUUUGGUCUUUCCUUGAUGUAUUCCGAGGCUAUAAGUGCCUCUCAGGCAUCUUGGACGUCCACGCUCAAAGGAAACAUGCGAUGGAUGGCUCCUGAGUUACUUGAACCAGAGCAGGAGGAUGGAUCUGCAACUCGUUCGAGCGAGCAAAGCGACAUCUUUUCGUUCGGCGGUAUCAUGUUGCAGGUCCUCACGAACAAAAUCCCUUAUUAUUACCUCCCGAAUGACGCCGCAAUCGUCCUAUGCAUAGCCAGGUCAGAACAGCCUUCCCGAGCUCGUUAUCCUGAGAUCCCUGAAAAAUAUUGGACGUUUAUGGAGCAAUGUUGGUCUACUAAUCCUCGAGACCGCCCAUCGACGAAGGGAGUUGAUGUCACGAUCAGGAAUGAAUUUGACCUGUAUAAUAAACGCAGGCUUACCGCAAGACUUCUCUUGUAAUAUUGGAGCACGACAAUGCACUGAAGUUCCUAGUACUACUGGGCUCACCACAGCUGACCCCAUGCGACGUAUUUCCUGCAAGUCUUGUUCACCGAUUCGCUGAUUACGAUGAACUGGUUCCUGGCACAAUACAACACGAUCACCCAAGGUCUUUGCUAGAGAAUACAUCUAGACAAGUCCAUUCACCGUUCGAGAUACGGAGUGCGAUGAGCUCGAGAAAACACAAAUUGUUUCGGAAAGCAAGACAGUUUUGCACUCUUAG